UGUGACGCUAUGGUGUGGAUGGUGUAUGAUUGCAUAUGGCUGUGCAAGAGAUUCAUCUGUGAGGAAAAACAAUUUAAUUGAGUUUAGAAUGAAAUAGAAAGACCUUUUUUGCUGCAUUUAAACAAUUCAGAGGAACCAAUGACAAUUUAUCGAUAAAUGUGCGGGAAGAUACAUGCACUGGAGAAAAAAGGAUGAUAAAGUACGUCCGUAAGGAAUAAUCGAGCAGCUAAGAUAUAUUCGUAACUUCUAGGUGCCGUUAAUGAUGUUUCUGCCGUUACCCGGAAGGUAACGCGUGAUUUCGAAAUUAAAUCUCGGCGGAAAUAAUAAACAUGGCACAAAUACAGGCAUCGACCGUGGACGGGUUGCCGAAGCACUUCGUCAACGCGAUGCGCACGUUGUUCGACAUAAUGGAUGAUCAGAACACCGGUUUCGUCAAGUUCGCCGACAUCGAGGGUCGAUGGCAGGACGAUGGCACGCAGGGCCUGCCUAAAGGUAUCCUCGAAAGCUUGAAGAAGGUCACGCCGCCGAGCGGCAUGUUGUCGUUCGAGAGAUUCUGCGCGGGUUUGAAGAUCUGUCUGCUGCAGAUACAGACGGAGACCGAUUCUAAGAAGCAUAACGGUCAGCCCAAUAGGCCCCCGUCCGCACCGAUACUCAUCCCUGACAGUCAGAACAAGGCGGCUUGGACCUCGCCCAACACCGCUACGAUAAGACCCAACAAUGCCAUAUCUCAGCAACGUACUCUCAGCAUGCCGCAAUUACUGGCCAAUCGCAAAGACAUGAAUACUCAGUUAGAAUUAAUGGAUGGAAGAAACAUUGGGGAACCAAAGAUCAAUAAAGUGUAUGGCCCACCAAAGCCACCGCGGACAGGUGCUGCGUUAGAAGGUAGAAUGAUGGGUUCAGAGCGUAAUUUUGACAAGUCUGAGAUUAGAACUGCUCUGCAGAAUUGGCAGAUGGGUCUCAUGAUGAAUGACGAGAAGGAAAAACGUCAGUUGCAGGCUGUAAAUUAUAGACCGGAUCCUAGGACGUUAUUGAGACCAGCCAGAGUUCUGGGUGAUGGUAAAGCCAUCGAUAUACAGACUAAUCAACUUGGCAUUCAACCUAAAAAAUUGUCGGGUCGUCGCAGAGAGCCCAGGCGGCAUACGUUGCAGAAUGGUAUUGAUUACAAUAUGAUGAAAAGAAUGAAGCAGAUUGAACAAGAGAAAGAUGUAUUACUUCAAGGUUUAACUGCUGUUGACAAAGCUAGAGAAUGGUACUUGAAACAAAUUUCUGCUACGCAAGAGAAGAUUAAACAUCUUGGACGAAUGGGCUCUCAUGUGGAGCAAUGGACAGAGGCACAGCAGGAACGUUUAGAAUUGCAACGUGCGCGAGUCCUAGAAGUAAAUCGGCAUCUAGCCGCUUUGAUAAGUACCUGGGAGCGUGGAGGACUUCCUUUACAUAUGAAUCUCGCUUUUUUAAGUACUCCGUCUUCGGCUCAACUUCAACAGGAUAUGUUAUCACGACUUAAACAACAAAAUCAUAGAUUAACCGAGGAAGUUAGCAAAAAAAGCCAACGAAUAGCAUUACUUGAGCAAGAAAAAGACAGCCUUGUUAGAGAAUUGUAUAAUAGACAAUCAGGACUGAUUCAAUCCCGAAGAGCAACAAUGAUUCAUGAACAACAUGAUCAAACGUUCAUGUAAAAAUAUAAAUAUUUCCGACUUUGGAAUAUACGCCACACAAAUGAUAGGAUCUGAAUUAAGCUUUAAAUAGAAUAAAAGUAAAAAGACUUACAAAACUAAUGCAGUCCACUUGCGGAUGUUUUUGUUUCCUAGAUUUUACAAUAUGCCAUGGAAUGCAAUCUAAAAAUAUAAAAAAUAUUUGAUACAUUAUGUUAAAGUAACUUUAUUGUGCUUCUUUAUCUGAUAUCUCAUAUUAAGAUUGUAAGAUAUUUAAUGGUAUACGAUUAUAUUAUCUAAAUAUAGCUACAAUAAGUGAACGAGACAUAUUUUAAAUUUUUUGU